CCUCCCAGUCCCUCCCAGUCCCCCCCAAAUCCCCUCCCAGUCCCUCCCAGUCCCUCCCAGUCCCCCCCAAAUCCCCUCCCAGUCCCUCCCAGUGCUCCCAGUUUGCCGUUCCAGGUCGGGGAGAUUUUCUCGGCCGCCGGCGCCGCCUUCACGCGCCUGGGGGAGCUGACGAUGCAGCUGCACCCCGGGACCGACAGCUCCCCCCGCGGGGCCCGCUGGACGGAGCCGGAGCUGGCGCUGCUCCGCGGGGCCGUGUCGCGAUUCGGGGAGGACCUGAACCGCCUCAGCGCCCUCAUCAAGGACCGCACGGUGGCGCAGCUGAAGGCGGCGGCCAAGCGCAAAGCCUACGAGGACAGCGGGGUCCCCCUGCCCCCCCCCCGCCGCGCCGACUCCCCCAAAAAGGGACCCCGAAAAAACCCCCCCCGGAUCUGGGGGGGGGCCCCCCCACGACCCCCCCGGGCCCCCCGGGAAGAAGCUGAAGGUGGCAGCCCCCCUCGAGUGACUCCGACCCCCCCGGGGGACCUCGUGGACGUCGAAGGAUUUGGGGACCCCCCCCCAAAGAAGCUGAACUUUGACCAGGCAGCCUGAAGUCGGAGCCCCCCCCCCAGGACCCCCCAAAACUCCUUAGGGGGGGGUCCCCCCAAACCCUCUGGACCCCCCCCCCAAAAACCCAAAUUUCUCCCUGAACCCCCAAACUUGGGGGGACCCCAAAAUCCCCCCAAUUUUGGGGUCCCCCCCUCAAUUUUUGGGGGACUCCUCCCAGUUUUGUGAUCCCCAAAUUUGGGGGGACCCCCUCCCUUGUUGCCCCCAAUAAAAUUUUGGGGUCUCCCCCCCCCCUUUG